ACCACCCAACAAACCUCACGAAGUACUAUCAUGCUCGCUCUUGCUGUCAUCGUCUCUACCGCCCUCGCGCUCGCGUUCGGCGCCCCCGUCGACGUCAUCGCACCAGGCGUACCCACCCACUUUGUCUCUACUCAGAAUCCCUCGCUCGUAUUCGCUCCGGCGUCAGCUAGCGCUACCGCUGAUCUCCAGGCAUCCAACCCGGGCGACGGAUCCGCGAGCGACAUCACCGCCCUCAUCCCCGUGAAGGGGUCAGGUGUCCCCACCCAGAUUGCCCUCGGCGACUUCUGCGUCACAGCGAACGGCGUUGUGCCAGGAACUGCGACACAGACGCUGCACAUGGCGCCCUGCGACGACAGCGACCCGACACAGCUCUGGGUCAUCGACUCGACGGUGUCAAACGCGGACGGGAAUUGCAUCACCCUCGGACGGGCGGCAUUGAAUGUUCCGGUGACGCUUGGGGUGUGCUCGGAUGUGCUCAACUCGCGCCAGACGUGGAACGCAGUACCCGCAGCUCUCUGAGCACAGCUGUGGCGAUGGACGUCCGUCCAUGGUACAAAAUCAUGUCUUGCGACCGGACGACGAUGGACUAUGGACGGACUAUAUCAAACGCUGACUGACUUGUAUCGGACACUCUGGAAUCUUAUGAUGAUCGUAAUGAUGGGCCCUAUGAGGCUUGUGAACUCGG